AUGGCCUCCCACUCUGGGAAGCCAGGGCUCCUGCCCUGUGGGUCCUGUGGCAUGGUUUUCCGCUCCUGGGCCCUCUUGGCCACUCAUACUCAGCGCUUCUGCAUAGGCCGAUUGACCCAGGAGGUGACACUUGGAGCACAGCCCUCAAAAGGCUCGGAACCACAAGGCCCCAUGGUUGUGUCACAAGAACACCAGGGCUUACCAGACCAGGAGGCCAGCAGAUCGGCUCUAAGGAGGCUAACAGAGGAGGUGCAGGGACUGCGGCUGUAUCUGCAGGAAAUGCAGCCCCGGAUAACAGUGAUUCCCAAGGGGUCCGAGGAGCUCUGGGACCAUUCAAAGACUCCGACCCAGGGUCCCACCUCCCGGGCCGCUGGGAACCCCGGGGAGCGGCUGCGGGAGCUGCACAGGAAUCACAGGAGGCGUGUGGCAGAGACAGAGGCACAGAACCGGGCUCUGGAGCUAUGCAGUGAAGGACUGAACCGGCGCCUCCAAGGUUUGGCCCGGACCCGGGGCAGUAUAUCACGCCUGUUAGGCCUGGAACGGGAGCUUCAGGAACUCAGGGCCGAGGCCGGGCGAACAAGGGGAGCUCUAGAGGCUUUAGGAACGCGCGUUCAGCAUCUGCAGGCCGAGCGCCGGACCGAGCUGAACUCCAUGCGAGAGGCAGAACUCUGUUGUCCGGUGCUACAGUCCAAACCAGGGACUCUGGCUGCUGAGAUCGGAGCCCUGCGUGAGGACUACAUUCGAGGUGGGGGCCGGGACCUCGGCGUUCUAGACCAGAUAUGGCAGUUGCAAGUGGAGGCAUCAGCUCUGGAGCUUCAGCGGUCGCGGACGCGCAGGGGAAGGCCAGCAGGUUCCACAUCUGGGGAGCUUCUAGUAGUGGAGGCUGAAAACCGGCACCUGGAGGCAGAAAUCCUGGCUUUGCAGAUGCAGAGGAGUGCAGGCCCUGCACCCUGGGGGUCCGGGGAGCCACAAUUUGUGGCCAAUCCCAGCCCACGCCUGAGAAGGGAAGAUCCUCCACACCUCCCACCACCGGUGGCUCCCCCGCUGCCAUCGCUCCCACACUCCACAGGCAUCUUAUUCUUGGGUGGCACAGAAAAGACCCUUUCUAGAGGACUUGACUCUUCCUCACAGUGGCAGCUUCCUGGAGCCAUGACCAAGAGCCUGGGCCUGGAUCCACACUUUGUUCUGCCCACAGCUGAUGUUCUGGGUCCUGCACCGUAUGACCCUGGGGCUGGCCUGGUCAUUUUCUAUGACUUCCUGCGGGGCCUUGAGGCUUCUUGGAUUUGGGUGCAACUAAUGACUGGCUUGGCCCGAGAUGGACAGCAUACAGGAGGCACCACAGCUUUGCCCCCAGCCCUUUGUUUGCCCCCUCCUCCAGCUCCUGGGCCCAUGGGCAACUGUGCCAUUCUUGCCAGCAGGCAGCCUGUACCCAGGCUACCACCCUCACCAUCAGUGUCCUUGGUCUGUGAGCUACAAGCCUGGCAGGGGCUGGCAUGGGCCAGGGUACCACAACCAAAGGCCUGGGCCUCACUGGUGCUCUUUGACGGGAAUCAGAGGGUACUAAGUGGCCGCUGGCGUCUUCCACUUCGGGCCCCUCCCCUGGACCUCAGCCUUGGCCCUGGACAGCUGAAUGGAAUUCCCCAGGUAAGUCAGGCUGAGCUCUUUUUGCGGCUGGUGAAUGCAAGAGAUGCAGCCGUCCAGACACUAGCAGAGAUCAAUCCAGCAAAUGCCCACGACUAUCAGUACCCACCUCCGGUGUCCAGCUCAUCUUCCCUGGAAGCCAGCUCUCUUGCCCCAACAGCUGGCUUCGUUGACCCCCCUCCUCCUGCAGGAGAGCCCCUUGGCAGCAGUCAAGGAUAGAGAUGAGGGC